AUGGCACUCAACGGGCACGCCUCGUCCUCGACGCCGGCCUCGAGCGUCCACAGCAGCGUCAAUGGCAACGCGGCGGCGGCGGCGGCGGCGGCGGCAGGCGGCUUUGCAAAUCUCUCGGCGGUAUUGCAUGGGCCAUUAGACAUCAGAAUUGAAUCACGGCCAUGCCCUGCGCCAGCACCAGGCGAGGUGACGGUCAAGGUUGUUUCGACGGGCCUUUGUGGCUCCGACCUCCACUACUUUCUCCACGGGCGAAACGGCGACUUUGCUCUGCAGCACCCCAUGUGUCUGGGACAUGAGUCGAGCGGGCGCAUCGUCGGCCUCGGCACCGGCGUCACCGAGGCGUUUCCCCAGCUUGGCUUGGGCACGCGUGUGGCGGUGGAGCCGGGCCUCAACUGCGCCUCGUGCGAGCGCUGCCUCGAGGGCCGCUACAAUCUGUGCGAGAAGAUGCGCUUCGCCAGCUCGGCAAAGACGAGCCCGCACCUCGACGGCACCCUGCAGCGCUAUUUCAAUUGGCCCGCCAGGCUUGUCCAUGUACUGCCCGCCAACGUCUCGUAUCGAGCCGCAGCGUUGCUCGAGCCCCUCGCUGUUGUCCUGCAGGCCCUGUCCCGAGCCGACCUCCGAGGCGGACAGUCGGUCCUCGUCUUUGGUGCAGGUGCCGUAGGACUGCUGGCCUGCGCCGCCAGCAAGGCAUUCGGCGCCUCGUGCGUGGCCGCCGUCGACAUUGAUGACGGUCGCCUCGACUUUGCAAAGAGGAACAGUUGGGCAGAUGCAACGUUCCACCUCGGCCGCAGUGCACCUGCUGCCGCUCCGACAGAGCCAGCCGAUCGCAAGGCGCAGGAUCAGGCGCAGAUGAAGCAACUUCAGGCCCAGGCCCGCGAGAUUCUCAACUACUUUGUCACCGCUACCACGACGGCCGAGGUUGCGAGUGCAUCGAGCGCAGCACCCACAGCACCAGCAGCAGCACCAGCAGCAGCGCCAGCUGCACCGGGCCACCCGCUUCUGUCUGGCUUCGACCUAGUGUUGGAAUGCACAGGCGUGCCCUCGUGCGUCUCGCUCUCCAUCUUCUCAGCUCGCCCAGGCGCCAAGGUGGCACUCGUCGGAAUGGGCCACCCGAUCCAGACGCUUCCCCUGGGCGCCGCUGCGCUGCGCGAGGUCGACAUUCUGGGUGUGUUUCGCUACGCAAACAUGUUCUCGCGCGCCAUUCGCCUCCUCAGCGGUGGAGCCUUGCGAGCCGUGGGUGGCGGUUUGCGUGCCGACGGCGCUCCUGUGCCUCGGCAGCAACAGCAGCCGGGAGAAGAGCGGGACGAGCAGCGUGGUGGCAUCGAAAAUGUCGUCUCGCACCGCUUCAGCCUCCAAAAUGCAAAGGCAGCCUUUGAGGCACUCCAGGCUGGAAAGGGCCAGGACGGACGGGGAGUGGUCAAGGUCUUUAUCGAAGACGAGGACGACGGCGAGUUGUGA